UGAUCAGUUUGCUUUCCAUGGACGUCAAUGGCUGAAGUCAUCCCCUGGUGCCAUACGGUGCAACAAACAUUAGCCAUAUGAGCACUGGCAGCAGCCAUAGCCAGUCCCAGCACUUUCCCUGUCUCCUCCUCUGAUGCUCUGCCCACCCCUUCUUAUCACAUACAGUCGGAGUACAGUACAUUAUCCACUGCCAGACUGCCACAGCACCAGUCUCUUACUCUCCAGGUCAGAGGACGGAGGUGCAUCCUGGCUCACAGAUCACAUUGCUAAUGCUGGGACUUUACAGUUCACCUAUGAAAUGUCCUGCUAAGCCUUUUUAAAGGCGACCACACAUUGGAGAAAUGAAUGAAAGCCUUAAUGACAGUGACAGCAGCUUCUCCCAGCCUUGGAUCCAGACCAGCGAUGUCAACGCUUCCCUGGAGUUGUCUGCUUUCUUCUCAGUAUUUACCAUCAACCCGUGGGAUAUUAUGCUCUGUAUCUCAGGGACCAUCAUUGCCUGCGAGAACGCAAUCGUCGUGGCCAUCAUAUUCUACACCCCGACGCUGAGAACCCCAAUGUUUGUGCUGAUCGGGAGCCUGGCUACUGCAGACCUCCUGGCUGGGUUUGGCUUGAUCCUUAAUUUUAUAUUCCAGUAUGUGAUCCAGUCAGAGACGAUCAACUUGAUCACAGUGGGGUUCUUGGUGGCUUCUUUUACCGCUUCAGUGAGCAGCUUAUUGGCCAUUACUGUGGACCGUUACCUGUCACUGUACAAUGCACUGACUUAUUCUUCAGAGAAGACCAUCUUAUGGAUUCAUCUCAUGCUGUUUUUUACCUGGGGGGUGUCCAUAUGUCUGGGUCUCCUUCCAGUGUUUGGCUGGAACUGUCUAGAUGACAUCUCAUCUUGCAGCAUUGUCAGGCCUCUGACCAAAAGUAAUGUAACUCUUUUAUCCACCUCAUUCUUUUUCAUCUUUAUUUUAAUGCUGCAUCUAUACAUAAAAAUCUGCAAAAUAGUCUGUAGACAUGCUCACCAGAUAGCACUACAGCAACAUUUCCUUACAGCAUCCCACUAUGUAGCAACCAAGAAAGGAGUGUCCACUUUGGCCAUUAUUCUUGGGACCUUUGGAGCCAGCUGGUUGCCUUUUGCCAUUUACUGUGUGGUGGGAGACCCUGAAUACCCUUCAGUGUACACUUACGCCACCCUACUACCUGCCACUUACAACUCCAUGAUCAACCCUAUCAUUUAUGCCUAUAGGAAUCAAGAAAUCCAGAGAUCCAUGUGGGUUCUUUUCUGUGGCUGCUUUCAAUCCAAAGUGCCCUUUCGCUCCAGAUCACCAAGUGAUGUUUAGGGACGCUUGACUUUAGCACUGCACCAAUGACAAUCUAGUGAAUUCAAUAGUGCCUGCUAUGGACAACUAGAUGUGUGCUGUGGUAAGAAGAGACUGGAACUUUAGCACUUUAUCUAUUUUGAUAUCUCUGGGAAUGGUCCGUCCUGAGUAUGAACAAUGUGGAUGUCUAUAGGAUCCAUGUGUGAAGUGACUAUGCUUCAAUAUCGCACUUUAUAUUGAGCUGCUGUACUGCCAAAUCAGUGUUGUGAGGGCUGAGAAAGAAUGUUGUGUCUUUGUUUUAUGUCACAAUAUAUUUUGUCACUAAUGCUGAAAACUUUUGUACCCAACGAAAUAAAAGUCGUUGC